GUACAGUACGCCUCUUAUCCCCGGCUCUUACCUACACAUGCUGAUUGCAACCAGAUUCGUCGACCCGAGUAACGCCAAAGUUUCGCUCUGUGCCACACCUGGAUUGAGCAGCUGCGAAACGUCGACGACCAGGGCAGCUAUGUUGGCGAAUGCGGUUACCCACGCGGUAGGGUCGCAAAGACAGACCAAGGCUUCAGCAGCGACAGCAUGGACUGGCUGCUUCCUGUGCAGCCCAAGGUCUUUAAUGACGAGACCUCCCCUCUCUGCCACCUUUGGUGAGGGAGCGCACGCUCGAGGAUCGAGAGCGGCAUUUACUGGUCAAGGUCAUCGACCGUAUUUUAUACAAGCUCGAUGACCUUGUACGUCCCUACGUGCACAUGACACUCGUUGUCAUAAAACCGCUCCUCUCCGUACACACCUGGACCGAGCAGGUGAUACUUCCCUUCUUUGCGGUACUUUGAGAACAGUCAUUUAUCGAUGGUAGAUCCCGCGACUGACCUCCUGAUGGACGCACUAGCCCGCCGCGAUCCUACAGAGACGGCAAAGCCGGGGGCUGCCCAAGUUGUCAACAAACCUCGCGCUCCCGUUAUUGAUAAACCAAUGGCAUCCAAAUGCAUCAAAAUCGAGAACGCCUUCGAUCCCGACGAGGAGCAAAAGGCCUGGGGCAAUAACUGGGUCGAAGAGCUCGAGGCACUCCUUGUGGAGAUGGAGAUUGAGAAAGAGCCCGACACCAAGAAAGCGUCGAGGAAGCGCAAGCGAAGAUCGAUGUCCUCUUGCAAGCGCACAUCUCGCGCCUCAAGCGGGAUGGCCUUGCCCUCAUGGCAUGUUGAUCGGGGUGUUUGGCCAUGUAUCGAAAGUCUUGAGAGCGGUGGCAAGAAGGUGCGCAUCGAUAGGCCGGAAAGUGGUAGUGCGCCAUAG